CUGGAACCAUAGGCGGAGCGUCCCUUUGUUGCCGUCCAAUCAGACUCAGAGUUGGGUUUGUGGGCGGGGCCAAGAAAACUCCCGGGGAGCUUCGUCUCUAGGGAAGUCCGGCAGGGGGGCGGGCCAGGUAGUAACGUAGAAGGGGGAGGGUGUGGGAAUUCCUUGUAGAUCGGGGUGAAAGGUGACCCUGGCUCCGGUCAUAAAGCCCUCCACAUCACGUGACCAACGUCACCCUCUCCCCAACAACAUCCUUAUUUUCAGUCUUGGGAAAUCGAGUGGAAGACGGUGGCCUGCUCGUCCCUUCCAAAAGCCUUCAGCCUGGUUUCGACCUUGACAACAUUCAAGGUCAAGGUCGGGCAACGGCUGUCUAGGGUGCCUCGGGACUCCGGACACCUCGGUUUCCUAACGGAGAAGUGGGAGCCCUGCAAAUUGGGGCUCUUCGUCUCAGGGAUAGCUUCUUUCCCCUUAGCGACCACCUCCUCCGAGUGGGCUGGGAAGACCCUCCCCGGGGAUCUGUGCGGGGCUGAGCCCUCGGGCCUCAAUGGGCCCCCAAGUAGCCCUCCUGGUGGCGGCGCUAGCCGGCUGCCUGCUUCGGGCCCGGAGCUGUGUCAUUUGUGAUCCAAGGGUCGUGGCCGCGCUGGACGCCUUGGAAAAGGAAUACCUGCCUACCCACCUCGCCCCCGAUCGUCACAGACAAGUGAUGGAAAGGAUAAGAGAAACCGUGAGGGAUUUCGGGGACCUGCCAUAUUUAGAGGAUACCUUUAUGGGGGUUAUCGAUGAGGCCACAAUGGAAACGUCAGUCUUGAGUUUUCUGAGGAGUGUGACACUUAUCAGAAACAGUGGGGCAGCAGAUGGCCCCAAGGUGGAACGCCAGCCUCUUCAGAUGGAGGCAAACUUCCUGCAUCUCCUCCUGGGGUGGAUGUUGACUCUGGAAAAGGCAGCCUUUCGUGGCUACGUCACUCGAUUCCAAAGAGAGGAUUUCUGUCCCAACAAAUGUGGUACAAUGUUGCAGCUUCUGAUCUGGUGCAGUAACUGUAAAAAGCAGCUUCACGCUUGUCGAAAAUACAGAGAUUGUGGGGUGCUCCAAAUCAACGUCCAUGAAACGGAAGACCUGAUCCUGGACUGUGAGCUCGACUGGCAUAAAUUAUCUCAAGGCCUGACCUAUUACAGCUUUUACAGGGUUUGGGGGAGCAAUUCUGAGACCUUGGUGUCCGAGGGGAAACGGCCCACCCUGACCAAGCGACUGGUGAGGCCAGAGGAUGCGGGUAACUACCGCUGCGAGUUGGGCACUGAGCGAUCCGGCCCAGCCACGGUCAUCCAUUUUGAAGUCACAGUGUUGCCCAAAAGAGUCAUUGAGGAGAUCCCGAAAUCAAAGCCCGGGACCCAGUAUCAGCGGUUUCGAUCCCUCAAGCCGUCAGAGUGUCCGAAUCCCAAGGACGCGCUGAGAGGCUUUCUGUUGGAGAUGCUGAUCUGGGGCUUUGUGUUUCUGAUCCUCGGCUUUGCCACCUCCGUACUUUGCUUUAGGUCUGGGACCCUGAUCGAUUCGGUCAAGUCCUGGGUCCGUACCGACAAGGCAGCAGCCCCCGAGGACCAGGGUCCACAAAGUCGGCUGUCACAGACCCAGCUAUCACAGACCCAGGUGUCACAGACCCAGCUUCCCAAGUGCUGGGAGCCGGGGCAGAGGCAAAGGCUGAACGGGAACAGCGGGGUCAGGAACCAACCAGGGCCAACGGAGCCAGGGCCCCGGGGUGCUGUUGGGACCUGAAGCAGGGGCCAUGCUAUCUGGUGAACGGAAAGAG